AUGCCUGAAGCAUCAGGAAAUACUCCUAACCCUAUAGACUUCAUGGCUGCAUUAGGCAAUAUGGCAGUAGCAAUAGGAACCUCAAAUCCUACCAAUGCCGAUAACUGGAUACAGGCCAUUGAGCGAGCAUUGCAGGCUCAGCAGGUUCCUGAUGAACAGUGGGUUGAGUUUGGAACCUACCAGUUGCAUGGUGAAGCUCAGCACUGGUGGCAAGGCAUGAGGGACAUUCUGCAGCCUGAUAGGGGCCAGAUGACUAUUACUAUGUACACCAGUAAAUUUGAGGAAUUGUGCCGCUUCUCACACAUCUGUCAGGGAGCUCUUGAGGACUUUGCUGAGUGGAAGUGUAUAAAGUAUGAAGGAGGCCUUAGGAGUGACAUUCAGAGUUUUGUGGCACCUAUGCAGAUUUGGGUGUUUUCUGAGCUGGUGAAUAGUAGCAGGGUGGCGAAGGAUUGUGUCAGAAGGGCUGCAACAGAAAAAGGGAGUCUGAGGAUGCCAUUCCAAAGGACCACAGGGAGAAACUUUGCACCCAGAGGUAGACAGUUCAAGCGUGGUGGCUAUGUCCCUCAGAAUAAUCAGGGGCAAGGCAACUCUAGAAGACCUAAUACCAGUGCUAAUCAGGGAAGGAGACGGGGGAAGCAGCCACAGCAGGAUAUUAGUUGCCAUAGAUGUGGAAAGUAUCAUUCUGGGCCAUGCAGGAUUGGGACUGGAGUCUGUUACUCCUGCGGGCAGCCAGGACACUUGGCUAGUAGUUACCCAGAGAAGAAGAGGUAUGAGAUAGGCAGAGUGCAGCAACCAGGAAGAGUAUAUACUACUUCUUCAAUAGGCGCUGAGGGUCAGAGGCAUUGA